GUGCAGAAGAAUGGGGGUGGUGGGGGGUGUAGAAAAGCUGUUCCAUAAAAGGGUAAAUAUGGGCCAAAUAAUGAAGCCCAAAUACGAAAUCCAAUCCUCGUAUUUGUUUCCAUUCCAGUAGCAGAAGAACAUGUUCUGUUCUGUUUCAUUUCGAUUAUUAUUAUUAUUAUCCGUGUGUGUCAAAGAAACAGCUAUCUAUCUAUCUAGUUGUUUUUCUAGGGUUUUUUGUGUCUUGUGGAAAUGGCGCAUCUAAGCGAACCGGCGAAGCUAAGGUGGGGAGAAUUGGAGGAAGACGACGGUGAGGAUCUUGAUUUCCUUUUACCGCCACGUCAGGUGAUUGGUCCUGAUGAAAAUGGAAUCAAAAGGGUUAUUGAAUACAAGUUCGAUGAUGACGGUAAUAAGGUUAAGAUCACAACAACCACUCGCACCCGCAAACUCGCCAACGCUCGUGUCAGCAAACGCGCCAUCGAACGCCGUUCCUGGCCUAAAUUCGGCGACGCCGUUCAAGAAGAUGUCGGUGCACGCCUCACUAUGGUCUCAACUGAAGAGAUCCUUCUCGAACGCCCCAAAGCUAUUGGUUCCAACAAGGAGGAUUCAAGCAAUAUCGACCCACUGGCUCAUCAAAAAGGUGCCGUUCUUAUGGUAUGCAGGACUUGUGGUAAGAAGGGUGACCAUUGGACUUCAAGGUGUCCCUAUAAGGAUCUUGCACAACCUGCUGAGGGUUUUGUUGAUAAACCUCCAGCAGCAGAUGGUGCUGCUGCGGCUGCUGCCGGGGGUAAGGGUGCAUAUGUACCUCCUAGCCUAAGAGCUGGUGCGGAGAGGACUACUGGUUCCGACAUGAGGCGAAGGAAUGAUGAGAAUUCUGUUCGGGUAACCAACCUCUCAGAAGACACAAGGGAACCUGAUUUGCUUGAGCUGUUCCGCCCUUUUGGUACUGUCAGCAGGGUCUAUGUUGCUAUUGAUCAAAAGACUGGCAUGAGUAGGGGAUUCGGCUUUGUCAACUUUGUAAGCAGGGAAGAUGCUCAGAGGGCUAUUAACAAACUCAAUGGAUAUGGCUACGACAAUCUCAUCCUGAGAGUUGAAUGGGCCACCCCAAGAACAACCUAACAAGUAUUUGGUGCUUUUGAAUUUUGCCUCCUUUUCUCUCUGAAGGUCUAUCAGUUUUUGUAAUCUGAUUUUUGAACUAUCUACUUCCUUUGUGUUGGUGUAUUAUUAUUUUUAUUUAGAAGAAUAUGUUUACUCAAGAUAUAACUUGUUGGUUAUUGAUGAUAAUAAUUAGUAUUAUGAGGUUGUUUACAUUGUC